AUGGAUAUCUCGGACCCGCACCGCGGUAUGACAGCCUAUGCAGUCCGCAGAAUCCGCAGAGGCAGCCACCCCGAUCCGAACGAACGCAUCCCACCCGGCGUGGAAGAAGUGAUCUCCCGCGGCUCCUGCCACAUCGGCAGACUGAACGACACAAUGGUCCUCAAGUACGCCUCUGACUUCAACGACCCGAGCUACCUAAUGAGCAUCAAAGUCGAGAACCGCAUCCUGCAAAUCCUAGGCCCGCACCCCCGAAUCAUCGAAUCCAAGGGCCUGGCCGAAGAUGGUCUCAUGCUGAAAUACUAUCCCAACGGCACGCUCCGCAAUUACAUCAAGAGCCACCCGCACGAGACGCUCGAACGCCGCCUGGAAUGGUGCAAGCAGCUUGUCGACACACUGUCGUACGUGCACUCCAAGCGCGUCAUCCACUGCGAUAUUUGUCUGCACAACCUCCUCCUCGACGAGAACUUCAAUAUCAUCCUCGCUGACUUCCAGGGUAUGGUCAUAUCGAGCGCUAACGGUAUGACCAUGCUCGAUGGAUUGACGCGCGAGUGUGCCAAGUCGUACAUGCCCAGGGAGAAUCUCUGUUCUGCGAAUGUUCGGACUGAUCUCUUUGCUGUGGGAUCGGCGAUCUAUCAUCUUAUUGCUGGUCAUGAGGUUUUUCCUGAGUUGGAUAGCUUUGACGAUGAGAAGGUCAUCAACGCCCGGUUCAUCAAUGGGGAGUUUCCUAAGAAUGACUAUGUGGCUAGUCAUAUUGUGGAGAAGUGCUGGCGAGGGGAGUAUGCCUCCGCUGCUGAGAUUUCGGUUGAUAUUGCUGAGGUUCAGGCUGCUACGAAGGCUGUUGAUGAGGCGUUGAAGCAGCUGGAUGUGGAGGAGUCCGAGGACGACGAAGAUUACGAAGAGUACGAAGGUGAGGAAGAGGACGGAGAGGACGAAGACGAGAAGGUGUUGUAA